AUGUCGCCGGUUACCCGCGUCACCCUCUUCAAAGUCCCCUCUGAGAAUGACCAACAGCACCUCGUAGAUCUCUACAAACAGAUGUCUCAAAAAGCCGUCAAGGAAGGAAAACCUUACAUCACCUCGGUCCAAGCUGGAAAGGCUAGCCCCGAUGAACGUGCCCAAGGUUUCACCGUUGUUGCCAUUUCUACGUUUUCUUCCAAGGCAGACUUCGACUACUACGAUACUCAAUGCGAGGCGCACUUGGAAUUGAAGACUUUUGCCAAGGGCGUUAAUCAGGGAUUUGCCAUGAUCUACUUUAAUAACGAAGUAAUCUAG